AUGAACCAACAGAGUGACCAGCUCCCAGUUGGCUCGUUAGCUCAGUUGAUAGAGCACUGUACCAGCAUCGCAGGGGGUCAUGGGUUUAAAUCCCGUAUAAGGAAACAAAUUUCUGUUUACUUUACAGAUAGAUGGCAAAAGCAGAAUACCGCGCCGGUGUGUUUUGGCGCAAAGAACGGACGGUGUGGAAGAUUCAAUGUUAAAACUGGUCAAAAACUGGCCGCUGUGAAGCUGGUUCAUCUCUACGGGUACGUGUCCUGUGACACACGACAUGUCUCUUAUUGGUCUUACUGGGGCUGUGGCUUGUACGGCUUGGGCAAGAUUAAUGUUGUCAUAACAAACUUAGGCGGUCAAGUUCUUUUGCCGCCACACGAAUUCAUCGAACAUCAUGGUUCUAAAUGGUCCAAGGUUCCUGGAUACGAGUCACUUUCCUCAGAGUUAGUGCUCUCCUUUUUCAGCCCCUCCCACGUGAAAUACAACCAAGAGUUACGAGUGUGGUAUGGCGAGGAUCUGAUGAAUGCUGGCGAGGCAGACAAUGGAGGCACCGUUUGCGUUGAUGUAUAUGCAAUUUUCGUCUGAGCUUCACUGAGCAGCAAGUAGUCGUAACAAAACUUUUCAUAGUUUUUAUGUAAUGGAAUCAUAA